GCCCCCGCUUCCACCUUCCCACGCGCUGGAUCUCCGCUUCCCUCCCGCCUGUCCCGCUUCGCCCUGGCAGGAUCGGCGCCGGAUCCCUCGGGAGAGGCUUCUGGAUCCCGCUCGGGGCAGGUCGGGCUGCUCCCCCUCCGGCCUUUGGGGCGCCCCUCCCGCCAAGAGAGCUUCCCCCCCCCGCCAGGAGAAAGAUCAGUGGAGAUGCGGCUAUGAGCUCCACAGAGGAGAAGGGGCGUUCUUGGAUCGGGACCCACAAACUUUUGGCUGGGCCUCCAUUCUAGAUAAAUUGGAAAUCGUGUCCUGGUUGGACAAGCGGCUUCCUGCACAAAGGGCCAAUCGGUUAAGCAGAGAUCAAACCGGUCAACAGUGAGGUUCAUACCUGGUGUUGACUCAGAGAAGGAACAACUGACCCAGAGACCUCUUAGCUGCAACUUUAAAGAGGAUAAGAGAUUUUGAUCAAAUAUUCACCUGCAAGUCAACUAUCAACACAUAAUAGAAUAUCAAUGCAAUGCAGCAGUCGUCAGAAAGGAUGGAGCCUGGAAAACUCGUGGAUCCCCCGUCAGACACAAUCAGCACUCCGGAAAACCACAAAAAACCUCAUGAAUGCUCAGUGUGUGGGAAAUCCUUUUCUCGCAGGUCCCGACUAUUGAUCCACAGGAAGAUCCAUGUGGGAAGUGGAUCCAGUCAAGGUUUGGAGGGUGAGAAAUCCUUCUCUGGAAAAGACGCCAAAGAUCCCAGAAGCCCCUCCAGAGUAAAGCCCUAUAAAUGUGAGGAAUGUGACUUAUGCUUUGGUCAAAAGUCACACCUUCUUACACAUCAGAAAAUCCACACUGGAGAGAAACCUUAUCAGUGUCUGGAAUGUGGGAAAUUUUUCCGUACAAUAGGUAAUGUCAAAGAGCAUGAGAGGAUUCACACAGGGGAGAAACCUUACAAGUGUUGGGAAUGUGGGAAGAGCUUUUCUCAGAAGGCUGGUCUUAGGGCCCAUGAGAAGAUUCAUGCAGGAAUAAAACCUUACAAAUGCUUUGAGUGUGGAAAAUGUUUCACCCAGAGUUCAGCUCUUCGGAGUCAUGAGAAAACACACAGCGGGGAGAAAAAUGAAAAGUGCCUCGAAUGCGGAAAAUGUUUUUCCAGGAAAUCAAACCUGGUGAAGCAUCAGAGAUAUCACACCGGAGAAAAACCCUAUGAAUGCCCAGAAUGUGAGAGACGAUUUGUGGAUUCUUCUGAACUUCGGAGACACCAGAAGUGGCACAAAGGAGAGCUACCUUAUGAAUGUGGGAUGUGUGGGAAAAGUUUUCUUACACGAACAGAGAUUCAGGCUCACGAGAGAAUCCACACAGGGGAGAAGCCAUUCAAAUGUGGGGAGUGUGGGAAAUGUUUUGCCAAAAAAGAAAAUCUUGGAAGCCAUCACAGAGUCCACACAGGAGAGAAGCCAUACAGAUGUGUAGAAUGUGGGAAAUGUUUUGGACACAAGGGAGCCCUUUGGAGACAUCAUAAAACCCACACAGGGGAGAAGCCACAUCAAUGCAACGAAUGUGGAAAAUUUUAUCGUACCUCAUCCGCCCUUAAAUGUCAUGUGAAAAUUCACACAGGGGAAAAAAACCACAAAUGUUUAGACUGUGGGAAAACAUUUGCUCUGUCAUUUAACCUUAGAAGUCACUGCCGAAUCCACACAGGAGAAAAGCCCCAUAAAUGCUCGGAGUGCCAUAAAUGUUUUUCUCAAAAAAGGUCUCUUUUGAAGCAUCAGCAAAUCCACACUUGAGAAAAAACAAAUGUCUAGAGAGAGGAAAAUGAUUUGCCCAACGUUCAGCACUUCGCGCGCACACCCGAAAUCACACAGCAGAGUGGCCUUACAAGUGUGCAGAGUGUGAGAAAACUUUUCGUUGUAAACCACAAUUAAAAAAGCACCAGAAAGUCCAUAGCAGAGAUAAAUCCCUUCGGUUGUGAACAGUGCAGGUGCAACAUCAGAGAUUUCACACUGGAGAGAGACCCUCUGAAGGCCCAGAAUGUGUGAGAAGCAAUUUGUUGAGUCUUCUGAACUUUGGACAUUCCAGAAGGGGCACAAAAGGGUGAAACCCUAUAAAUGUAGGGAAUGUGGGAAAAAAUUUAUUUCACAGUAACGUGUUCAUAGUCAUGAGAAUAUCCACAUACGGGAGAAGCCAUUCAAAUGUGUGGAGUAUGGGAUGUGCUUUUCUGAAAAACAAUAUCUCAGUAGAGUAUUCUUCAAGAUUAUUUGUAAUAAGAGAAGAUAAGAAAUGACGGGUGAUGGAACGGGAGGGAAAGUUCGCACUUCAAACUAAUUGGAGAAUGUGAUUGUUGUUGUUGUUGUUAAUUGCGAAGUCGUGUCCGACCCAUCGCGACCCCAUGGACAACAUUCCUCCAGGUUUUCCUGUCCUCUA